CUUCUGCUGGUCGCCAGCAACAGAUCGAGCCUCAGCACAUUGAGCGAGCGAGCGAGCGAGCGACGAGACUGCAAGCGACGACGGCUGAUCCUCGACUCUCGGGCUUCUUCUGUUCUUCUGCUCUUCUGGCAAUCUCGAGCGCCUUUAUGAACUGCUGGGUUUGGCAUUCAGCGCUGCUGCGAGUUUUCUUCGCCGGAGAUCGGACCAUGAGCACCGCACUGCAUUCGAGCUGGUCGAGCUGUAGCUGAAGUGAGCGCGGGAGGCGACGGAGAGCAGGAGUCGAGGGGCAAGAAUGAACCGGAUCUGGAGCGUUUUCCUUUUCGUUUGGUAGCCGAGGAAACAGCGUUCAUGAGGAGCGCAAUCGAGCGUUUUGCCGCCGUUACGUGGACGUGAAAUCCCAUAUAUUUGUGUAGGUGUCGAGCACGGGCGCAUUUCGGAUUGGACGUCGGGCCCGGAUCUGGUGGCUGCAGAGGAAGAAGCGGUGCCGCAGAAAUUGAACUUGGACCUUCGGGAGGUGAUUCUCCGAGACACAGAUGUGUGAAUUUCAGAUGAGAAGGUGUCGAUCGAGGGGAAGAAGGUACAGAAUGGCAACACAAUGAGCGCUUCGUUCCGCUCGAGAGAAAGCUGCGGUGAAAGUUGCAGGACCACGGGCAUGAAAUUUGGCCCCUGAAAUUGCCGACCGAGUUGCCGAAGAAUUACGGCUCGAGGCUGGGCCCGAGGCCGACGACAGCAGGAAAGGUCGACGUGGACUUGAGUGAGCUCGCUGCGGUGUGUAGCUCGCAAGCUGGAAGCAGCCCCGACGUUGACUUCCGAAUGCUGGCAUAUGACCGUGCUGCGGACGUGCUGAAAGCGUAGAGCUCCCUGUCCUUUUGCUAGCCAAGAGUCAGAACGACGUUGAGAAAGGUGGGCAGACGCAGGGGGCAAUGGGGAGAGAAAGGCACCGGGUGUUUGUGAAGUCGGGAGUGACUGCGGAGACAACAGAGGAGUUGCUGAAGCGACACUUCGCCACUUUUGGGACGGUGACUGAUGUGUACAUACCCCGUUCUAUGCCCGGCCCCACACCUAAGGGCUUCGCCUACGUUUCCUUUGAGAGUGAAGAUGCCGUCCAGCGAGCUGUGAAGGAGGCUGUCCACGAAAUCGACGGAAGGCAUUACCCCGUCGGAAGAGCCGAACCUCGGCCAUCCGAGAGAAACGUAUGGCACCAUGAGGACCGAAAGCAGCUGAAAACCAUAUCUGAGCCCCUUCUGCCAUGGCCACCGAGGCACGCGAGACCUGUGUCUCCUCGAGGGCUUCUACCGGGACCAAUUGGAUUGGUUCCAGCCGGUAUGGAAUUGAGGUCGCCGCUGAUUCAUCCUUCGCAGGUGCCGUUAGAGGCUGGAAUACUGGGAGAGAUGUCUCCGUUCGCACAGAUGCCUCCCUUCCCGUUUAUGGACGGGUACAGUAUGGCAGGGAGGCCAGGAGUCCCUGCAGGCCUUGCCAUGCUCAGAAAUGAUCGAGGUUUGCCAAGGUCAGCCCGAGUGUUUGUGGGAGGAAUUCCCGAUGUGCUCGUCGAGAGGCACAUUAGAGUACACUUUCAGAAGUAUGGCAAUGUGGAGGAUGUUUACUUCCCCAGAGAGAAACACACGGGGAAGAGGAGGGGUUUCUGUUUUGUACGUUUUGAUAGUCCAAGAACUGCAGAAGUGGCUGCUGCACGGAGCCCCCGAACAAUACAAGGGCAUGAAAUUGGUGAAAUUAAAGUCGCACAAGAGCGCCCGGAGGACCUAAUGGUUCAUGAUGAACCCAUAGACGUUAGACUAGAUGUAGAUAGAUUCCAUUACGGCCAUGAAAGCUUUAGGGGUCUCAAGGCAGCCCCUACUUUGUUCGGACUACCGAGAGGGUUCGAUGGCAGGCCGUCAAUCAGAUAUCGGCCCUACUGAUCACAUCGAAGAGUCAUCUGAGAGUCGGCAUCUUUUACGGACUGAGGCAAAUGACAUGGAUGUCGAGGGCAAUGAUUGGAGCCAAGCUCCAGAAUACUCGAGAGUGGGAAGGGAGUGAGUCUCCUCUUCUCAUGUGGGAGUUAUCUUCGUUGAGCUCUUGAUAGCAACCUCGCUAUCAGGGUUUAGCAAAACCCUGUGGAACCGGAGUUCUGCACGCUGUUCCCAACUGCAGUAUGGCUUGUGCACAGAAUUCCGACUGCGUGACAUCUACUCCUCAGACUAGACGUUUACUGGUGCCAAACUACUGCGCAGAAUCUACUACAGCAAUCCGACAGGGCAGUUCUGUGGAGGUACCUGCGGGACUUACAAGAAAAUAUGAGCAAGCUUUCCACUGAAAUUGGGUUUUCAAUCUUUCACCCCCACCCUUCUAUGUGUACAGUGCAAAACAUAACAUUCAGGUAACUAGGUGUUGAGUCGGAUAGAAACUGUUACGUUUUAUGCCGACAGUAAAGCUCAGACUAGCCCGAUUGUCUAUUUGGGUUGUUCUCAGAGCUGCUUUGAGGCCAGCAUUUAGUAAAGUGAACAGUGGUGGGGUACAGCUAGUUCCGAGCUCGUUCCAAUUUGAGUGUUUGAUCUCACACACAUGGUGUUCUGAGAAGGAAGUACCACAAUGCCUUAGCAGGACUGAUCCUAGCUUUCUGUUAUUGGACUCUAACCAGAUCACCAGGUGGAAAGGGCUGAUACAGAUAGUUUAUACUGGCUGUAGAUACUGGGAACAGGCUGUUUACUUUGAGCUUUCUUGUACUGGCUGAUGCUGUCACGCCAUUUGAAGUUUACAUGAAUGAAUGAUAAGCUUCUCAAACCAGGCACCCUAAUUGGACUGAGACGACUGGACGUAGUCUUCAUGAUCAUACUGCUUCUAUAUAAUGAGCAAACUUCUGCUCAUUCCCUGCAAAAUUUGCGUCUGAUCGAAGUGAUCUUCUCUGUCGGUCUAUGUAUCAACCAGAUAGAUGUCAGCUGUCGGAAUCUGCAUCUAAAUUCCCGUCGCAUCCUCGUAGAGUUUCUACCUCUAUUAUGGCAAGUUGUUGGAUGGGCAAUCAAUCACUUUCAGACCUAGAUCAAAAUAUAGUCUCAGCAUGAUUCGUUCAAGAGCUUCGCUGGUCUCUUUGUCCCGAGUGAAAGCCAUGAGAGACGUCGUGUUUGGAGAGAGAGUUGGGAAACGCCUUCUUGCGCUUGGUCUAUACGCCCACUGAUUCUCCUGCAUCCCCGGCCAGGCAGGAGCUGACCAUUGCUGUCGCAAAACUUUCAUAUUGGUCUCCAGG